AUGUCGCGUCCAACAAGUAAAGAUGGUAAGGAUGGCGAGGAUCUCAACAGCAUCCUCAAUGAUGCUCAGCGAGCAGAGGUCACACUGCUUGUCGCCAAUUGCACAGAGGCGACGAGAAAUAUAUUACUGCAGAACUUCGAUGCCGACGCUGGCAUGGACAGGAAGCUCUUCACCAAGGGCGGAUCAGAUGAAGAGAAAUUCAUGAGCACCGACCCCUCCACGGCCGACGUGGAAGCAUACGACAAAGAACGAAAGUUGAAGGAAGAAUGCGAGAAGGACAUCAAUUCAAAGGAGUCGCAGAAGUUGAAGAAGGAAGCACUCAAAGCCUACGACGAAUGGAGAGAGCAAGUGAUGAUGCGAGUGGGUGAAGUCGUCAACACAAAGUCAGACGCCAAGAAGCAGCUGGAGGAGGAGAAGGAGCCUAUGUCGCCCAAGCCCAAGGCGCCGAUCACGACGGGGAAGAUUGCAGAUGUGCCUGAUCGCAAUCCGAACUUGAAGUUCAAGGACCUGUUUCCACCAACGAAGACGCCUUUGACGAAGUUGCCUAUGGAAAAGAGAACAUUGGUGCUGCACUCGCUACUUCUGCUGUUGAUCUCGCUCGAACACUACAAUGCAUACUCACGAAUUCUUAUGCUGAACCUCACGUCAUCACUCAAGCUGCCGUUGCGCACAUUCGAGCAAGAUGAGUACACUACGGCCAAAGGCCUGCUCGAAUCCGCCAAAGAGCUCAGCGCCGACGAAGAGACACAGAAGCGUCAGAAGGAGAACGCAGAUAACCGGAAACGAAAGGUCUACCUGGCAACUGCUGCAGGCGCCGCCAUCCUUGGCGUAUCGGGUGGUCUUGCGGCUCCACUCGUCGCAUCCGGAGUCGGCUCUAUGAUGGACAAGUAUGCGCGCGAAGUCGAAGAUUUCGAGUUCCUCCCUGUGCACAGCGACAAGAAGACCAGCGAGGACGAGGAGCAAGGCGCACAAGAAGCCAGCGAGCAUGAUCACAAACUUCGCGUCACGAUUUGUAUUUCAGGCUGGCUCACUGACAAGUCUGAAGUCACCAAGCCCUGGCGCGUCAUGGGCACGGGCGCAGAAGUAUUCGGCCUCAAGUGGGAGCUCGAAGCUCUUCUAAACCUCGGCCACGCUAUGGACGGGAUGAUGCAGUCCGCGGCAUGGGGUUACGCGCAGAGGGAGAUCAUCAAGCGAACAAUCUUCGCCGAACUCAUGUCCGCGCUGUGGCCGAUGGGCCUGCUGAAGGUCGCCAGAGUCAUUGACAACCCCUUCAGCGUGGCUAAAGCCCGAGCAGACAAAGCUGGCGAAGUCCUAGCCGACGCACUGAUCAACAAAGCCCAGGGUGAACGUCCCGUCACACUGAUCGGCUACUCCUUGGGCGCACGCCUAAUCUACACCUGCCUCAAAACCCUCGCAGAGCGUAAAGCAUUCGGCCUCGUCGAGAACGCCGUCAUCAUCGGCGGGCCUUGUCCAUCCGACACCCAACACUGGCGCGUCCUCCGCACCGCGGUUUCCGGACGGCUGAUCAACGUCUACUCCCAGAACGACUACCUUCUCGGCUUCAUGUACCGCACAUCAGCUCUUCAGUAUGGCGUCGCAGGCUUGCAGCCUAUUCGCGGCCUCGCCGGUAUCGAGAACGUCGACGUGAGCGAAGAUGUCGACGGCCACACCCGCUACCGAUUCCUCGUCGGCGGCAUACUCAAGAAGAUCGGCUUCGAGGAUAUCGACCUCCAAGCCGUGCAGGAAGAGCGUGAGGCACUGGAGAAGAUGCUGAAGCAGGAGAAGAAAAACUCCCUCCAAUCACAACGCAAGCGACUCAUGCGGCGGGAGUCGUACAAAGGUGAGAAGAUUGACGAAGAUGAGGAGGCUGAAGUCGAGGCGUCGGAUAUGGAGAAGCAGGUCAGGGACAAGACUGAGAAGAGUCUCACCGCGAGACUGAUUGAGUGGUGGUACACUCCAGGUCCAGCGAAUGCCAAAGAUGCCGAGAAGGCUGGUCAGACGCUGCAGAAGGCCGUACAGAAUCCGAGUGAUGCCAAAGCUGCUGCAGGCGAUACUGUUAAAGAUGUUCAAGCGUCUGCUCAGUCGUACGCUUCGUGGGCCGCGUCAAAGCUCCCGUCGAUGCCAGGUGGUUCGUCGAACACUCCGAAGACAGACAAAGCGAACAAGCAGGCGACCGAUACAGCGGACAACGCGACCUCGGCAUCAACAGGCUACAUCCAAGCUGCACAGGAGUACCUCCCGAAUAUGCCAUCCAUGCCUUCCUUCCGAAGCAAGACUGAUGCGAAGGGCAAAGACAACAGCGCGAACACAACCACAGAGAAGGCCGCUGACUUUGCAAAGCAAGCGACCGACACACAAACCGAGGGCACCGAGAAGGCGAUAAACACUGCACAGAACGUCGUGCAGCCUACCGUCAACAACGUGCUCAAUCCGAAGGAUAACCCUGCGGUGAAGGCCGCCAAGAACGUCCCCAAAAAUGCUCCUAUCAUUCAUCAAGCCGCCGAUCGGGUCCCCGGCGCGAAUAAAGCGGCGCAGGUUACGAGCGAUACAGUGGGCACGACUGUUCAAAACAGUGCGCAGCAGGUGAGCACAGUUGUCAAUUCGUCGACGUCGAAGGCGGCCGACGCCGGGAAAGCUGCGGCAAAGGUUCGGGGGGAGGGAGUGAAGAGGAGUGUGAGUUUUGGGAAGGAUGUGGCUGAUGGCGCGGCGCAGCAAGGGAGCAAGGCUGCGGAUGUUGGUAGUAGUGCUGUAAAAUCUGCAUCCGAAGGUGCUGGGAAGCUAGGGAAGGCAGGCCAGGGCGCCGCAGACUCAGCCAAGUCGCAGGCCAGCAAACUUACCGACACCGGAGCAGGGGCAGCAAAAUCGGCGUCAGACGGCGCUACUAAAGCAGCUGGCGCAGGUCAGGACGCGGCGAACGCGCUCACCGCAAACGCCAGCAAAGCCGCCAACGCAGGCAAAAGCACGUCAGAAGGUGUCACAAAGACAGCCUCCGACGGCGCCGGCAAGGUGACAAGCGUAGGUCAGGGCGCCGCAAACGCGCUUACCUCCAAUGCUGGCAAGGCCGCCAGUGCAGGCAAGGACACAACAAAGGGCAUUACAGGAGGUCUCGGGAAAAUGGCCAGCUCGGGCCAGGAAGCAGUCAAAAGUCCAUCGACCGCUCCCAAACAGGCUGCCAAUGCAGGACAAACCGCGACCAACGCGGCUUCGUCGGGCGCGAACACGCUUGCUGGUGCUGGGAAGUCGCUGUUUGGGGGGUCCAGCAAACCAAAUACGCCCUCGGCCGGGGCGACUGAGGGAGUGAAGUCUCCCAAGCCAGCCGCAACUCCGUCCAAGGAAGCAGUGAAGUCGCCGAAGACACCCAGCACGCCGAAGCAGCAAGCGCCACAACAAGCUCAGGAGAAAGCGCAGUCGUAUUUCGGGAUGGCGUCUUCGUACAUGCCAAGCCUUCCCGGCAGUGGGAAGAAACAGCCGCAACAGCCGGCGACCGCGACGAAAGAGACGCCGGCGUCGAAGCCCAACAACACAAAUACAGAGUCGAAGUCAACAGAUGACAAACCCAAAGAGAGACGCAAACCACCAAAACUCGGCGCCAAACGCACCUCUGAGACGCCAACACCGAAACAAUCAACACCCAAACCAUCCACCCCAUCGACUACACAAGCAGGAACAACUCAGACAUCCACUCCGUCACGCCCCAAACCAGCCUCGCGAACGCCUUCAGGCGUGAAGUCUCCUCCGAAGCUCGACAAUAGCCGUCGGUCUUCAGCUAGUGCGGCUAAGAGCCCGCCACCCAAACUAUCACGUCAAGCAUCGGGACAGAAUGCGAAGAGUCCGCCGCCGAAAUUGAAUCGCCAGUCGAGUUCCUCGGCGGGGCAGCAUGCUCCAAAGAGUCCUGUGACGAAGCUGGAUCGUCAAACCAGCGGGUUGCGGAAUCAGGUUUCUAAUGCUGGUCAAGCUGCGACCAGUGCCGUCGGCAGCAUAGGUGGGCGAUUAGGUGGACUCACUGGUGGAUGGGGCGGGAAGGGGAAGUGA